AUGGACCCUUCGAAAGGCCGAGGUCCGUCUCAUUACUCGGCGUUCAAAUUGAUGAAAGACCCCGCUCUGGAAAAAGUCCACCAGAAAGUGAUCCGAUAUGACGGGACCGUCGCAAGCACGGAGUCGCCGAUCAUUCCGCGGGACCCACGGACGAAAUCCUUCUUCUGGACUCGAGGGAAGGCGCUUGAGCUCCUCGUACCAAGAUUCACCAUAGACGAUCACUACGUGGGGGUCCCGCCGGCGAUCGAAGUGACGAUGACCAACCUGAAUGACAACGCCAACACACAGUUCCUCGAAGAUCAUUUGCGCAAACAUUAUGGAACGAUUGAGGAACUCGAAGUUUUUUACCAUCCGAGAACGCGGAAGCAUCUAGGAAUCGCGAGAGUCAUGUUUUCUAACACCAAAGCCGCGCACCUGUGCGUGCACAAGAUGCACAAUAAUACCCUCAUGGGCAAAGUGCUCAACGUUUUCUUCGAUCCAUUCCGGAAACGGUGUAAGGAGCUAGUCGAAGAACAGACAAGCGAACGCCGAGUGCCCCCUGUGACGGCAGCGUCCACCCAGCUACAGCAAACGCCGGCCACCACGACAGUGCCAGAAGCAUCUACCGUUUCGACUCCAUCUGUGGCGCAGAGACCUCUACCGUUCGCAGCGAGUAAAGAUCUACUCACAGGGAGGUUCAAGAGAUCCCCAUCUAGUUCUCCAGAACGACCUUACGAGCGAUCGACGAAAUAUUCGCGUCCUCCUACGACCGAUCAACGACAGUCACUCGAGAGUCGUAUAGAGAUGUUGUUCAAUAAAGGAGGUAAAUCGAAUAGCAAACUCCCGCAGCAACCACCGCCUCAAGUACCGCCUCCACCUCCUACCAAAAAAGUACCGCCCAGCACACCGCCUCCAUCUCCGUUUAGGAACAAACGAAUGUAUCAGAAAUGGCAGCGAUACACCCGAUUGCGAAAGGAGAAUCGCCUCGAUCAGUGGCACAGCUCUUCUUCAGCAUCGGAGAUCACUAGCUCGGAGAACGAUUCCACUCCAGUAUACGAUGAGAAGCUCCCGAAAUUGUCGGGGGCUGAAUCUUUAUCGGAGAGCUCGCUGCCCGACGACGACCAGAUGAGUUUGAGUCCACUCAGUUCCGGGGAGGCCGACGAGGCGAAGAACUCGCUACCGAACACCCAGGUGGCGGUCCCCGCCGGCGCCCAGCCCCCUUACGUUCUCAACUAUCCGAUGUAUGCGCAGCCAACGACGUCGGCUGGAACGCCGUCGUACAGUAUACCUCCACCGUCUCUCUCGAAUGCCGCAGCCGUUGCCGCUGCGGCGGCGGCGGCACCGUAUAGAUACCCCGGUGGCUACGUGCAGUACCCACCGGCGGGUGGCCCCCCGCCUCCAUCGCCAUAUAAUCACGCAACAGUAGCGCAUCCCCUUUCCUCGAAUCAUGAGCAGUAUGCUCCCAUGUGGCCUGCUGGUCAACCGAACGUUUCUCUGGACGAUGACGAUCCAACAAUUAACAAGGUGCUCAACCUGCUGCUGUCGGAGCUCAAACAAAUCAUGCGGCGUGACAUCACCAAGAAAAUGAUCGAAAUGAGCGCUUUCGCCACCUACGACCAGUGGUGGAACGAGAACGCUAAUCGGGAGAAGGAGAACAUCGAAACACCGAAAGAAGUCGUUUCUACAGCGACCAAGCCGGCCGAAGUUGCUGCGCCAACCCUGUCGACAUUGUUCAGCUCCAAUACUGACGAAUGCGGCCUCGGCUCGCUACGGAUGGCGCUACCGAAAAUGCCUUCGUUCCGUAGGGCCCGUCCUCCGCCCCCGAUGCGCGAUGAAAAUCAAGAUGAUUCUGAUCGACUCGAGUCGAUAUCAGAAGGAGAGUUAUCCACCCAUCAAGAUGUUCCCAGUACGUCUCGAUCGCAGCGGCGCCAGCUCGCGUCGCGCAAGAAGCGUCGACGGAGCGAUACGAGCUCGGAGGAGAGUAGCAGCGAGAGCGCCGAUGAAGAAUCGCAUGCUUCUCGCAAAGUACCAACUUCUUCCCAAAUCGAUGAGAACUGUAGCGAUAUCUCAACUAGUGAUGAUCUCAGCGAUGGCGAGGUCACAAAACGCGCCAAGAAGAAAGUGUCCGUCAAAGAAAUCUACUCCUCGUCAUCGUCUGAGGAUGAAGCCGAGUGGGGCCGAAAGGACGAUUCGGCUUUGAACAUCGACGAGAGCUCCAUCGACAUCCUCGGAGAUAAGAAAUCUGCGCAAAGAAAGAAGGAAGUCCUCUCGGUCAAUAACGUGUUCACGGACUCAGAGUCCGGAGAGGAUGACGACACAAUCUCAGUCACGGCUUCGCCACCAAAACCGAAAGAAGAGCCCGCGUAUGACGGGGACUCGGCCGGGCCUGCCGAGAACUCCGAAAGCUUCUCGCCAGCCAAGGAGUCGGUGAAGGUCAUGGACGACAGUGAGCCCGUGGUGGCUGACGAAAGCGUUUCCCACGUCAAGAAAGGGGUCAGAUUCACCGAUGAGCUCAAUGUCGCCGGCGCGCCCGACGGGACCCCGGAAGCGGGCGCGAAAACUCCAGAACCCACAGUACCGAAGAAGAGAGCCAAGAAGACUGCAAAAGAAUCGCCUCGGGAAAUACUCGAUCAGCCCCAGGAGCCCGAGGCUCUGGAUGCCCAAAAGGAAAACGACCCCGUGUACAUUGAUCAUAGUUAUUGCCUCCCGAAGGAUGCAGAACCAGUGAAGAAAAAACGAGAACCCAAGAAAAAAACGAAGCAAGAAGCUUCACUCAGAGAACUUACGGCUCUAUUCGACUCAGCGCACGAGACGCCGAAGCCUCGGAAGGCGGCGAAAACCGCUGAGAGUGGUUUCUCGCCUCGAUCUGAUCUCGACGAAGAGGAGAUCCUCAACCUCUGUCUCAGAAAAGGUAUCGAUGCAGAAGACGUCCAAUACCUCAAGCGGACCUACGACAUGCUGCUGCAGGAUGAGAAGAACGGCGCGUGGCUCAGUGACACUCAUUGGGUGGAUCACGUGCCGACCAAUAUCCCAGACUUCAUAAAACGCAAGAAGGACAUCCGACGGGUACACGCUACGGGAUGCGCACGAUCCGAAGGUUUCUACAAGGUCGAUUCACAAGAGAAGCAGCAAUACAAGGCGUCGCAUGUACAAACUCAGGAGGCCCAGGACGGAAAGAGCAACAAACCCGUGGUUGCUGCUUCGCAAAUGUCCAGGGAAGCUCGAUCAAACCAACGUCGACUGCUGACGAUCUUCCAAGAGACCGAAGUCGUAUCGGACCUCCUCAAGUUCAAUCAGCUGAAAUUCCGCAAAAAGCAGCUCAAGUUCGCCAAGUCGACCAUCCACGACUGGGGCCUCUUCGCGCUCGAACCCAUUGCUGCCGACGAAAUGGUCAUCGAGUACGUCGGCCAGAGCGUACGUUGCAGUGUCGCCGACAGCCGAGAAGUGCAGUAUACCAAGGUUGGCAUCGGAUCAUCGUAUUUGUUCCGAGUGGACCACGAAACGAUUAUCGACGCGACGAAGUGUGGCAAUCUUGCACGUUUCAUCAAUCACAGUUGCAACCCGAACUGUUAUGCGAGGGUCAUCACGGUCGAAGGUCAGAAGAAAAUCGUCAUAUAUUCGAAAAGAGAUAUAAGCGUCAACGAGGAGAUAACCUACGAUUACAAAUUCCCUCGCGAGGAAGUUAAAAUCACCUGUCUUUGCGGAACACCUCAGUGCCGAGGUUAUCUCAACUGAGACCGAGUCGAUCAUCAUCAUCAUUGUUAUAAGUGCCCAUGACCGCUCUCGGAGUUUUUCACCCCUGAGUGGGUGAACGAACGACGGGUUCGUCAAAAGGGUUGUAAAAUUGUACAUAGAUACUUACUGGGAGCCUCUGGGAAGCGACGGGGUGAGGCAAGCUUGAGACGGUAUCCGUGAU